CUAAUCAAUUAGAAUUAAGGUUAAAUUACAAUUUGGCGUUGUAUAGUACAUUUUAACAACACCUCUGGGAAAAGUAGAUGUCGUUAAUGCUUAUUAAUGUCAUUUUUCGCAUUGUGAAUUUCUUUGUGGCGACAAGUUUAUGGCCAAUGUUUAUUGUCGCUUUGGUGUUCUUGUUGCAUGCUAUUGAUUUCACACUGAUCCAGGCAAUCAACAGGACGACUAGUUUUCCCAAAUGACCGAUUCUCUUUUCGAGGUCUAAUCACUUAGCCAUUCCUUCAAUUAUAAAGAAAAGGUGACAAUCGAUAGACAAAAGACUUCCUUUUAGAAAUAUGAGCUGCGCGCGUGUCCCUGCCAAAAACCACUGUCUUCGGUCGUAGCAAAACCCGCACGCGAGAUCCUCGCCUUUUCAUUCCGAAACUUUGUGUCUCCGAUAGCAUUUGGAAUUUGAUAGUAUUCUCGGACGUAGAUUCUGUAGACUGAAUUUGUAGUCGAUGUAAAAUCCUUUAUGCCGUGAGGUUCAAUGGGACUUUUGGCUAGUAAUGGGUUACGUUUGUCAUCGAUGUCCAUGCAGUUGGGGUUGGUUCUAUUUAACACCUUUCUAGUGGCCAGCUGCAGAGGAAGUGAUGGGCAAGGAGUCUGGCUGAUGACUCCGAAUGACACGCAUCGGGUGAUGGAAGCAAAUUCAACUUUGACCAUAACCUGCACCUACAUUUUUCAAGAUGGUGUUGAAAGUAAGAACAAUCUUUCUUGGCGAUGGGAAUUGCCUACCUUUCUCGCUAAUUAUCCGCAAGUAAUGAAAAUCGACGAGCGCUUCAGUAACACGUUUGAUGCUAACGACACUCACAUUUCCUCAUCAAUGACCCUGAAAAAUAUCACCAACCAAGACACUGGCUAUUUCCGGUUUUAUUACGGUGAAGCGGAAAUGAGUCAAUACGUUUACGUAUUCGAUAAGAAGAACCUCGUCACAAUCACCGACAAGAGUUACUAUCCGAAUUAUUAUUUAUUCUUCUUCCAUCAAGGUGAAUUGGGGGUCCAAAUUCCAUGCAAGCCGACCCACCCCAAUGUUACCGUUUCUCUCGUUCACGUCGAUCAACUCAACGUGGAAGACACAUGUGUCGACGAUGUGCUAUCUGAACCGAAUACUAAAUGGUUGUUCGAUCCCGAACGUGGUAUGACUCUAAAAAGCGUGAGAAUUAAUAACACAGGAAAUUACCGAUGUGUUGGCACGAUGGAAAACGUCACCACCGAGAAAUAUUUCACAAUCAGCGUCAAAGGAAUUGAGCUGGAAAGAGUUGAUGAUGAUACGGGUGAUCCGCCGGAAGGAAGUAACGUUACCUUAAUUUGCCGCUCUAUGUUCGCGGAGGUCAAAUUUCCAUCGCCCCCGGAAUGGGCCUAUCAGAUAAACAAUAUCGGGAGAAUGCACAUCAUAAACGAGUUAAAUCCACCAAAAGGUAUCCAAAUAACUACUCGAGAUUACAGCAAUCAAAGAAACAGCGGGGGAUUCAAACUAAAUUAUUUCGAAAGCCGUUUGGAACUGUUUGAGAUAUCUCAAAAUUCUUAUACCACUUUUCAGUGUAAAGUCAACAGAGAUAAGGACACGGUAACCAAAAUUAUUUCUUUUCAAAUUAAAGAUAAAAGCAACCACCCGAUAUCUAAUUUUGUCUUGUUCCGUGAAGUAGGAACAGAAAUGAUUUCCAUAAUUGCGUUCAUUUUAUCUCUAAUAGUAUUGUGCUUGCUUGGGAUCGGCAUCAGCAUCAAACUCCAUUUUAAUAAGAAACGCAAAAAAGUAUUUCCCGGAGCAAAGAAACUGCUUGAAGGGAAUCCGAAAGAAAUCAAUAACAAAUUACCAAUGGACGAACAAACUGAACUGUUACCAUACGACAAGCGAUGGGAAUUCCCAAGAAAUCGACUAACACUCGGGAUUCAACUGGGAGCUGGAUGCUUUGGCCGAGUUGUCAAGGGAGAAGCUGUGGGAAUCAAAGGCUCCGGUAAAACUGUGAAAACGGUGGCCGUCAAAAUGGUCAAGUCACAAACUAACGUCGCUGCAAUGGAAGCCCUCAUGAGCGAAUUGAAAAUCCUUAUCCAUUUGGGAUCUCAUCUGAAUGUCGUCAAUUUACUUGGCGCUUGCACCAAAAAGAUAUCACAAGGUGAAUUAUUGAUUAUUGUCGAGUAUUGUCGGUUCGGGAAUUUGCAAGCUUACUUGAUCAGCCACCGAAAUGGUUUCAUUAAUCUUGUAGACCAGUUUGGAAACAUGCGAUCACAUAAUGAAAUGGACUACGACUAUACUUCAAGUAGCGACUAUUUCGGCUAUGGCCUAAAACUCGAAGAUAACCAACAACUUCAGCCUCAAAAUUCAGUUGAAAACCAGUGUCAAGGUUUAACACCUGUAGAACCGACAGAUAUUCAGCAGGAACAGCAAUCUUAUUGGCAAUAUCAACAAGAUCCAGAUGCCAUUUUAAACCGGCCUAUUUCUACACGCGAUUUGAUCUCUUGGGCUUACCAAAUAGCUAGAGGAAUGGACUACUUGGCCAGCAGAAAGGUCCUUCACGGUGAUUUAGCGGCUCGAAAUGUUUUGCUGGCCGACGAUGGAGUGGCCAAAGUUGCAGAUUUCGGGAUGGCCAAGAAAAUGUACUACGAGGGCAAUUACGAGAAAACAGGACAGGGAUUGAUGCCAGUCAAAUGGAUGGCCAUCGAAUCCUUGACGGAUCACAUUUUCUCCAGCCAAUCAGAUGUCUGGUCCUAUGGUGUUCUUCUAUGGGAACUCUUUUCCUUGGGUAAAAUUCCUUAUCCAGGGAUGGAUGUUGCUCAUCUACUCAUCAAAACAAUUCAAAAGGGAUACCGUAUGGAAAAACCGGACAACGCCCCAAAUUUCUUCGGGGAAAUUUUGACUAAUUGUUGGAAAGUGGACCCGAAAGAGAGACCCACGUUCAGCCAAUUAGAAGAGACAAUCUCUUGUCACAUGGAAUCGACAGUCAGUUCGAAUUAUUUGAAUUUGAACGAAGUGUAUGCAAAAUUCAACGAAGAGAAAGACACGGCAACUCCAACCGACCUUUUCGGACUGGCGAAAUUGUUGACCGAAAAAUCGCAAAUGAACCAGAAUAAGUUGCAAUUUAACGACCCAUUGCAUUGUCAGUCUACCGAAAAGGAGAUUCGAUAUUCUCUGUUUCCUCAGCGAUCUUAGAAAGGACGGAAAAUGUGAACAUGACAGAUAUGUUUUAUCCGAACCGUUAUUCCAAGCCGAUACUAUUAGGCACCAUCUUACUCUUUUUCUUAUAAGACUAAAUAUUAAUUUAGCGGGACUACCAUAAUAUCGAAUUGUAUUCUUCCUAAUUAUAUGCUUUCUUUAUAGCUUGCAACAGUUUCAGAUUACCUAAAUAAAGCUAUGCAUCUUAUUUUACGUGAAGCAAGACCUCACGGAUUUCAAGGAUAACAAAGUUCUGCGUUUUCCUGCAUCCGGCGACACAUUGGUUAAAACGUACAUGUUAAAUUGUGAAAUAAUUACUCAAUAAGCUUUGCGGCCAAGCUACUUCCCGGAAAGAACAAGGAAUUAAUUGAACUAGUGUCAUUGGAAAUUACUGUUGCUAAACACUAAUUUAUUUUUCAUUUAUUCAAUUUUAAGUCAGAUUUUAAAAGUAAUUCGAGAACAUUUUUGCGUGAAAUAUGUCAGGCAAAAGAGAAAGUCACGCCUUAGGCUUUAGAUGCCUUAGGCAACCUGAAUCCCAAGGUUUGAAUGCGUGUUAUUUCUUUUCCCGGGUCGCAGGCUUCAGUGUUGUUGUUUAUUCCGAGAGUGAAAGUCUGGACGUGUCGGCUGUGAAGUUUACAGAAAACUAUCCAUAUUUAAACUUCAUCUUUUAGGUGAUUGCUGCAAAACAAACAAAGG